AUGACACAAAUCUUUAUCAAAAGCGCUAUCUGCUGCCCGCUGAGAUAUGGAGCCAUUAUGACUAACAAUAACUUGGUGAAAAUCAUAACUGGGAUGUGGCUUUUAAAUUUUAUUCUUAUAACUGUAGUUUUCUCCAUUCUGGUACCUUACAGGAUUUGCCAGACACACAUGACAGAUCUAGUCUGCUAUAAGACAGCAUUAAUGAAACUCUUAUGUGACGGCACAGAGGUGAACAAUAUCGUUGGGUUAAGUUGCAUCAUUUUUUACCACGGCCUUUCGCUUUCUGCUGUGGCAUUUACAUACAUUCAUAUAUUAAUCACUUGUGUUACUAAUAAGCAGUCUGAUGCAAAGAUUAAGGCACUUCAGACAUGUGGUACUCAUUUGGUUGUCUUCCUGUUGUUAGAGUUUAACACACUGUUUCCUAGUGUUGCUCAUCGAUCUGAGUUUGUUCCCGCUUUCCUACGCAGAGUUGUUUCUAUUUCCAAUUUUGUCUUUCCUCCUCUUGUGAAUCCACUUGUUUAUGGUUUUAAAACCAAAGAGAUCAGACAAAAAAUUUUCACCUGUUUCAAAAACAAGAAGAUAAGCAGUUUCUGA